GCUCCAUUUGAUUUGGCCUUGAAAUCCAUACUGACAAGAUACAAAGCCUGGGCCAACUACUUCCAAGGCACACCGAACAAUCCGCAGGAUCUGACGCGGGUUUGCUACCGUACUGCUCAUGGAGCCAUCGUUCUGGCCACUCCCAACUCAAGUUGCAGCAACGACGAAGAUGGAGCCAAUAUCAUGCAAGCCAUCGCCCUGAAAUCCCACAGUGACAACAUCCGCGUUCUCGUCCAACUGAAUCAUUUUAGCAAUAAGUGCUUACCGGUCGUUGGUGUGAUGGUCACAACCACGUGGGGUGGUUGUUACGAGGCAGCAUGUGAAAGGUCGACAAGCAACCCUGUUAUGAAGAAGAAGAAGAUGCGA